AUGAAAUUGGCCAAAGCAACCUUAUUUCUCGCAUUCAUAGCUCUCCCUCUAGCAGUCUUUGCUGACGUGGAAUUUGUAGAGCCCGGCGCGGGUUCAACUGUCAACAGUGAUGACAUAUUGACUGCCUACUGGAAAGAUUCUGGAGAUGCGCCCAGUCUCCUCGACCUUCAUGACUAUGAUCUCUUCCUAUGUGCUGGGGGUCCUGAUAUUGAGUACUCGGAGGACCUAGCGCUACUUGUACUAAAUGGUGUUUUCGACAGAGGUUAUUCUGUCUCUUUUCAAAUCCGACCUGACCUUGGCCCUGAAUACCCAGAUGCCUAUUUCCUCAAGAUGAUAUCUAGAGGACCAAACAACAUAACAGUCGUCAACUAUUCCGAGCGAUUCUCCGUAACCGGGAUGACGGGCGCAUUCUCAGAGUUGGUCCAAUAUGGACUAUCGCUCACCGCAAACGACACCUCCGAAUCCCACCAGGACCUGAAACUGCGAAAGAGACAGGUGGUCCCCGCGGCCAUCGUCCCGGCCAAAGAAGUCUAUGACGUUCCGUACCCCGAACAAUCCAAGGGCUUAACCAAGUAUGCCCCUAUGGGCAAACGUCCGGCCACCACGAUCACAGCAAAGAGCGGCCCCCCCCAGUUUCCGACGAGUACUUUCAGUGUAGCUCGCGCGUUCUUGCCAAUUCCUACAUGGCAAACUACCUUGACUGCUUCGAGGACCUGGGCCGAUUCUCUCAUUGAAAAUCCUGCAACCCCGGCGCCGCACCCCAAGAAUGAUAUGCAAAAGUUUCUCAAAAGAUGGGCUGACGAGGAAUGA